AACUGUCCUGCCCGUCACUUACUGCGCCGGCCGCAUCGCCUACUUAGGCCCACUGCUCCCCUCUGGUUUCAAUCCCUCCUCUCCUGGUCUUCUUCCCUCUCCCAUAGAAUACGCUGGUAGUGUGUCUUAUUCCCUUCGUUCCUUUUCUUGUCCCGGGGCCAGCCCACUUUACAUCACCUUGUCCUUCGUGGCCAUUCUUUUCUCUGCAUCUUCGAAUUCGGUCUGGUACCAUUUUUGAGACGCCCCUUUCUAUCACGCAAGCACACCACAUUCAGCAGCUUUUCUCGUUCUAUCAUCGACAGCAGCCGGGUCUUCUGUCGCCUUCCACUCUCUUCGUCAUCCAGUAAUCAUCGCCAACAUGCUUCCCAAGUCUGUCCUUCUCGCCCUCGUCGGCGCCGUGGCCGUCUCCGACGCCAUGGUCACUCCCUACGGCUCCGUCCAUGACCGCCGGUCUCAGCGCAACAGCCUCAGCGCCAGGCAAUUCCGUGGUGGCAACCGUGGUGGCCAGCAGGGUGGCCAGCAGGGCGGAAACAAUGGCGGCAACAACGGUGGCAACAACAACAACGGUGGAAACAACGGCGGCAACAAUGGCGGAAACAACAACCUCUGCCUCGACCCCAGUGUCAUUGCCACGAACGCUGCCAACAACGGUCUUCAGAAUGCCGCAGCUGGCCAGGCUGCGUCUCAGACCUCGACCAACAACUUCAUCGACUUCUGCAAGGGCAAGACAAUCACCAACGGUCUUCAGGCACGUGGCGGAUCUUGCAACCCUAUCCCCAUGGGAGACAUGCCUGCCGCCGAUAAGAUGAUUUCUGCCGUGUUCCAGAAUCCCAAGAACGGCGACACUCUGCAGGCGAACCAGAACUUCGAUAUCACAGUCCAGAUCGCUAACCUCCAGGCUGGUGCUUUCACCAACCCUGAUGUCACCUAUUACAACGCGCCUCAGACUCUUGGCAACGGCGGCGUGGUCGUCGGCCAUACCCACGUCGUCGUUCAGGAUAUGGGCAACAGCCAGAACCCCAACACCCCUCCCAGCGCCGCCACGUUUGCCUUCUUCAAGGGCAUCAACGACGCGGGUAACAACCAAGGUCUGCUCAAGGCCACGGUCACAGGUGGUCUGCCCGCCGGCAACUACCGUCUGUGCUCCAUGACUUCCGCUUCCAACCACCAACCUGCCCUCAUGCCUGUCGCUCAACGUGGUCCUCAGGAUGACUGCGUCCGCUUCACUGUUGCAGCUGGUGGCGGCAACGGUGGUAACAACGGCGGUAACAACGGAGGCAACAACAACAACAACAACAACGGCGGUAACAACGGUGGUCAACAGGGUGGCCAGCAGGGCGGCCAGCAGGGUGGUAACGGUGCUCAGCAGGGCGGUAACAACGGUGGUCAGCAGCAGGGCGGCCAGCAGGGCGGUAACAAUGGCGGUAACGGAGGCCGUGGUGGCGCCAGGGCCUUUGGCGGUGCGGCGCCUGCUGUCACUAAUUCUGGCGACGCGAACCGCCCCUUUGCUGUCAACGGCAACACUUUUGUCAACGAGGCCGCUGCCAAGCAGAGAGCCUGUGACAUCCAGAACAACGCCUGCAUGGACGCCUUCAACAAGGGCAACUCUGGCUUCCAAGUGAGCGAUUGCCAGGCCCAACAGACAGCCUGCAACGCUGCAUAGAUUGCUGCUUAGCUGGUGACUGGCCUUUGACGCCGAGGGAUCACGGUUGCGGAUACCCCUUAGAAUUGGAGACCCUAACCUCUGGCGAUGCGUUAUGAUGGGGAAAGCGGCUUGCUGUAUCACUAAUGAUUGCGACGGCGUGGCAAGUCAAUACUGCAGACAGUCGGGUCUGCAAGGCGCCGUGAUGUGUGUGUGUUUCGAAACCUUACCAUUUUUAUCUUCUCUUUUCUCUUUUUUGUUACCCAGGUGGGCUGGUCCAGAUGAUCUGCCUCUCUGAUGACUAGAAAUAGAAAUGGAGAAGCAGUUCAUCUAAAAAACAAGAAAACUAAUCGAACAUUAAAAAAAAA